CGAAACACUUGCUCAAUUAUAUGAAGUGUUUUUAUAUAAGAAGAAGGAUAUAAUAGCAAUUCAAGAAAAACUCGGUAUUAAUGGCAAUGUAAAUCAUGUAAGAAUGCAUCAAAGCGAAACAAAACACGAGCCCGAAGGCAAAACACUUGUUGAUUCAUAUAAGUUAUUAUUAAAUUUGGUUGGGGGUUUAAUACCAUUACAGAAAAAUCUUGACAUUGAUGGCAAUCCCAUUCUAGCAGUGGAGUGGUAUAAUAAUCUGGCAAAUCAAAGCAAUAAAGCUUCCACCGAUUUAUCACUUUCGAAAUUGUAUAAUUUGCUUUUAUAUUUAGAAGAGGAUAUAAUGGCAAUUCAGGAAGAACUUGAAGAUGUUCCAAGUGUGAUAUUACAAAAAUUUUGCGAAAUGGGGCUAAAGAAAAUUUGGUUUACUGGAGAGGGACUUCCGUUAUUUCCGAAUGUCUCUCCUCAACAAUUACAUGAAGUUUUCGUUAAAAAAUCAGCUAGUGCCCAUGUCUAG